UUUUGGUAAGAUAGACUACAUCUACUAUUAAUAGUAUGCAUACUGGCUGGUACCAACAUCCAUCAUCCUCUCAGUACGUACCGUAGGCACAAAGAAGUGAAGAAAGAAGAAAGGAAGGAAAGAAAGGCUUACACUGCAAGGGCCAGAAUGAAUCGAGAAAGAAGUUCUUGGCUCCAUCCUUCAUCAUAAUUUUACUUUUUCAACUACGCAAGUACCGGUAUCGAACUAAGCUACAUAGUAGUUGAAUCAAAUCCACCAUGGGAUCAUCCACUGGAUCUCACCUACGCACAGCCGCCUGUUGGCUCACAGUGGCCAUGACUCUAUGGAGUUUGAGCUACUACUUUGCGUACGGCACCAAGGAAGGCAGCGCAUGGAUCAUUGAAGAUCUCACUGUACCCCUGAUCAGCCAAUUCGACAUCAGCUGGGAAAAUGGAGCCCGCCUCGUCAUGCUCAUUGCUCCUCUACUCAUCGUCACAUCUAUUUGCAACUUGAUCGUAACAACCGCUGAUCAGCCUUCCCACAUGCAAAGAUCCAUCAACGCUAUCUUUGUUCGUCUCCGCGGAUUCUCGGGAAUGGCAGGCGAUGGACUCAACAAGAGAAACCAGUUUGCAUUGGGAGAAGUCAACUUUGACUGGAUGGCAUUCUUCCUUGUCACUAUGCCUGUAUUCUGGUUCUUUGUAUUCACGCUCGAUCAGGUUCUAGACGGAAGACAACUCACUCAAGAACUACGUCUCAAGGCCAUUGGAAAUGCAUUCGGAAUGGCUGGGACACUUGCACUCAGCUUCUUCCUCAUACCUGUCGCUAGGCACAGUGUACUCUUGGUCGCGAUGGGAUGGAGUCCUCUGCAAGCCCUAAGAUUCCACAUAUGGGCAGGAUACACAUCCUUUGCAUGCAUUGCCUUGCACGGGAUCAUACACUUUAUUGUAUGGACACGCAACCAGGAACUCAACGUAUGGGAACAGAUAUGGCCUGCUUCAAACUGCUGGGAAUGGAACGCAGAGACCAAAGCCGUGCCAAAAGGAUGCCGAAGCCAAUGGUACAACUUGACAGGAGUCAUUGCCGCAUUCUUUAUGCUCGUGCUUAUACUCACAAGUAUCAACUGGUUUAGACGCCGAUACUACCGAAUAUUCUACAUAUGUCACGUCAUUUGUGCCAUAGGAAUGAUCGCUGGGGCGGCCAUGCACUGGAGACCCAUCAUCACAUUCCUCGCUCCAAGCAUCAUUUACUAUUUGGCAUCGACCAUGCCUGCCCUGGUACAAGCAGUGGCUAGCAGAGCCCGGGGCGGAGUUCGACUUGUCAAAGUGGUACAUUUGAAAGAUGCUGGGGGAUGCAAAGAGAUACACGUCUCCACUACACAUUCCGCCAAUGUCGCCCUUGACAACACGCCCUCCAUGUUCGUCAAGAUGUGUGUCCCCGGCAUCUCCAUGAUUUGGCAUCCCUUCACUGUCUUCAAACACCCACGGGAUCCUUCUACUGUGAGGAUCCUAUUUCGACCCGUUGGCACGUUCACCAAGCAACUGGCAUCACGAUAUGAAGAGCAAGGAAAGAAUACUCCCACUGUUCUGGAUGGUUUCUACCACGCUGGCAACAGAACCUUGGAAGCACUGCAUCAUGAUCAUGUCACAUUCUAUUGUGGGGGAGUGGCCAUCACCCCUUUCCUAAGUUUGAUCCCACACCUCAUUGCCGAGAUUGCACAGCGAAAGCUACAAGGUCUGCCCAUCUUGACCCGCAAGUUGGUCUUUUACUGGGCCUGUCGCGAAGAAGGCCUUGCCUCCUAUAUCACGGAAAACUACUUGAAGGGAAUGAAACGAGCUGCCAAUGCGAUUGACUUUGAGUUCGAUUGCGUCGUCUAUCACACCAAGAGGAAGGUCAAGUCCAAACCGAGUCCUUUGGAUCCGUCAAGCAAAGACUUUACGGAAGAUUCGAAUGUCUUGGAUACAACCUUCAUGAGUGAUUUGACCAUGGAUGAUAUGAGAAGAAAGGAAGGGCUACCAGUAGACUGGCACUCUAGGCGUUCUGUGACAGAGUACGAUGACGAUGGUUUGCCCAGAAAGAUCUUGAGGGAAGUCGACGUGGAUGAGAUGCCAAACAGUCGCCAUGACUUGGUUGCUGAUGAAGCGAGUGUACAGCCAGUUGUGGAAGUGACGGAAUAUGCGAGCAAGAGCACCGACACGCACGCAAUGGAGCUGCACCGUUUCAUGCCCGCUCGGCAUGCUACGGUGUGGCGCAAUGUGUAUGCCUUCCUGGUAGUUGGUGGCUCUUUGUGGCUCUUCUUCUACAUCAUCUUCUACUAUUACAAUGGCUACGAGAUCACCGUUCAUGAAUUCUAUGAUCGACUGUGGCCUCUGAUCCUUUGUUUGAUGGCAUCAAUUGUUCUGGCACUUGUCUUUGAAGGUGUUUCACUUGCGUCUUGCUUCCUCGGUAACGUGAAUGCAAAUGAGGACAGCCGGGCAGAAUCCUCGGAUUCGCACGCUUACUUGCCAGUGGACGAGGAACACUCGGAUGAUGUUUUGAUUGAGCACCGUGGUGGUCGUCCUGACAUUCGCGAUAUCUUUGCAGAUCCUCAGAGAGCUGAGUGUCCUGGAAUCUUCAUGUGUGGCCCUCCUGCAAUGACAGAGAAGGUUCGGGCUGAGGCUAACAAGGAGAAUUCAAUCUUUGGACUUACGCGCUACGCUUUAUACGAAGACCCCUUUGAGAUGUAGUGAGCGAGGUGGACGCAAGCCUGGAGGCUGUAUAGGAGCAGUCCAGGUGGUUGAAGAUCAAGUAAGUUAGUCAUUAGCUAGAGAUUAGGCAGCAACCUGGCUAGCCUCCAGUAGCUGUAGUGCACACUAAAAGAGAAUGGAUAAAACAGAUAAGUUCUUGGCCCACGUGUACUAGUACUUUCCAGGUCGAACCUCUCGGUGGAUGGACGGAGGCAGGGUUACAGAUAGCGGAACGGCC